CGUGCGGCGCCGGGGAUUUCUGGGGGGAGGGCGUUGGGAGCGCGGAGCUCCGGCGUGGCGCUGGCAGCCCGCGGAGAGGAAGGGAAGGAGGAGAAACUUGUGAGUGCAGUCAAGCUGAAACAAGCUGUCACCGGUUCCGAGUUUGUCUGGGGAAGCCACCGCAUUUAUGGGUGAGGAGAUGGAGCCUGCUUGUGGACAGUAGGAGUCCUGGCCCGGGGCAGUUUCGGAGCUCCCGUGGACCGGGUCGGCACGGCAGCUAAACGCACGGAGACUUGCCCAGUGCCAGCAUGGAAGAGCACAAUGGCUCUGCAGAGAUUCCCCCACCGAGCCAAGGGCGGCAUAGUGCCAUCAAGUGCGGGUGGCUGCGGAAGCAAGGAGGCUUUGUCAAGACCUGGCACACACGUUGGUUUGUUCUCAAGGGUGACCAGCUUUACUAUUUCAAAGAUGAAGAUGAAACCAAGCCCUUGGGCACCAUUCUUCUGCCUGGCAACAGAGUAAUUGAGCAUCCCUGCAAUGAAGAAAGCCCAGGAAAAUUCCUUUUUGAAGUUGUUCCAGGUAUUUUUGGCCAGAAACUGGAAGAUACUGUCCGAUAUGAAAAGCGCUAUGGGAACCGUCUGGCUCCCAUGUUGGUGGAACAGUGUGUGGAUUUUAUUCGACAACGGGGGCUGAAGGAAGAAGGCCUUUUUCGACUGCCUGGGCAGGCUAAUCUUGUCAAGGAGUUACAGGAUGCAUUUGACUGUGGAGAGAAGCCUUCUUUCGACAGCAACACAGAUGUGCACACGGUGGCGUCACUGCUUAAGCUGUACCUAAGGGAACUCCCAGAACCAGUAAUACCAUAUGCAAAAUACGAAGAUUUUCUUUCCUGUGCCAAAAUGCUCAGCAAGGAUGAGGAAAUGGGCCUGAUAGAACUGGUGAAACAAGUGAAGAGCUUGCCAGCUGUCAAUUAUAAUCUGCUGAAAUAUAUCUGUAGAUUCCUUGAUGAAGUCCAGUCUUAUUCAGGCAUAAACAAAAUGAGUGUGCAAAAUCUGGCUACUGUUUUUGGUCCCAACAUUCUUCGCCCCAAAGUGGAAGAUCCUCUAACUAUCAUGGAAGGUACAGUAGUAGUCCAGCAGCUAAUGUCAGUGAUGAUCAGCAAACAUGAAGAGCUGUUUCCCAAGGAUGCAGACCCUCAAAUGGGACCCGAGGUAUGCAACAACAACAAUGAAUUGCCAAAGAAAGCAAUUGCAGGGCAGCUGCAGAACAAAGAGAACAACAAUACCAAGGAGACAGCAGUGAGGCGCUGCUCUUGGGACAAACCUGAGUCUCCCCAAAAGGGAAGCAUGGACAAUGAGUCCCCAACUGCUCUGCCAGGCAGCAAGACAAGCAGUCCCAGGAACAGCAUACAGAAACUAGAUGUCACCAGAAGCCCACCACUCAUGGUGAAAAAAAAUCCUGCUUUCAAUAAAGGCAGUGGCAUUGUCACUAAUGGGUCCUUCAGCAGCAGUGUGGAAGGCCCUGAGAAGAGCCAGACCUUACCAAACUGUACCCUACAAGCCAGGAGAACAUCAUCCCUGAAAGGACCAGUGACUAAGAUGGGCACACACAGCGUGCAGAAUGGGGGUGUGCGGAUGGGUGUUUCCAGCACAGAUGGGCACAGCAACACCCUCAACAGCCGGACCCCAGGCUGGGUGCCCAAUGGCUACGUCACACUGAGGGAUAACAAGCAGAAGGAGUCAGUGAGUGAGUCAGGACAGCACAAUCGGCUUUCCACCUAUGACAAUGUCCACCAGCAGUUCUCUAUGGUGAACUCUGAGGACAAACAGAGUGUGGACAGUGCCACCUGGUCAACGUCCUCUUGUGAAAUAUCCCUCCCUGAGCACUCCAACUCCUGUCGUUCAUCCACCACCACCUGCCCUGAACAGGAUUUUUAUGCGGGUAACUUUGAAGACUCUGUGCUGGAUGGACCACCACAUGAAGACCUCUCAAACCCGGGUGACUAUGAGAGCAAAAGUGACAGGAGGAGUGUGGGGGGCCACAGCAGCCGAGCUACCAGCAGCAGCGAUAACAGUGAAACAUUUGUGGCCAACAGUACUAACAAUCACAGUGCUUUGCACAGCCUUGUGUCCAGCUUGAAGCAAGAGAUGGCCAAGCAGAAACUAGAGUAUGAAACAAGGAUAAAAAGCCUGGAGCAGAGAAAUCUCACCCUAGAGACGGAAAUGAUGGCCCUGCAUGAAGAACUGGAUCAAGAGCGGAAGAAGUUCACAAUGGUAGAAAUCAAAAUGCGCAAUGCAGAACGAGCCAAGGAAGAUGCAGAGAAGAGAAAUGAUAUGUUGCAGAAGGAAAUGGAGCAGUUUUUCUCCACUUUCGGGGAACUGACAGUGGAGUCUCGCAGACCAGAAAGAAGCAACACCAUCUGGAUCCAGUGAGAAUCGGAAGUGUUGACUGUGGGACUUUGGGGAAGGGCUUGCGGGUAUUAUACUGUAUCAGGUGGCUGGUCACCUGUCUGAGGCUAGUACUCAACAUAAUGUUAUAAACCCUUGAAGGAAGAGGUCAUACAGACGUUAACCGCUCAUAUCUACAGUGUGUACUUAUCAAGUUAUACUCUUUGAAUGCUUCAUGAGACUACUGUCAAGUGUUAAACUGGAUAUGUGUAUAUAAAUUUAAAAAAAAAAAUCACCUUAGAGAGCAAGAAAUAUUUUAAUGCAAGUCUUGUAUUUAAACUGGUAAAUUGAAAUGUUGUUGCUAUCAAGCUUUAUAUCAAGGCUUUUCUCCCUUGCACUUAACAUAUAAGCUAUUUUUGGCAUUGUGUUAGCAUCAGCUUAUUUUGUAUAUCAAAUGUUUUUUUGGUUUUGUUUUUUUUUGUUACCCCUCUUGCUGGGGAGUGGAGAUAAACAGAUAUGU